AUGAAGCCAUUUGCUCUGUUCCUCUCGCUGUUUGUCUUUUUCGGCCUCGUUGCUGCCUGGUCUAAAGAAGAUUAUGAGAUCUUUGGUCUACGCGAUGAGGUGGCUGCACAUGAAGGUGCUAACGUGACCUUCUACGACCUCCUCGAGAUCCGUCCCAAUGCCAAUCAAGAGCAGAUCACCAAGGCUUACCGCAAGAAAUCGCGAACCAUCCACCCGGACAAGGUGAAGCGUGCCUUUAUCGCCAACUACGCCAAGGAUAAGAGCAAGGCCAAGUCCCACGGGGGUGUCAAUGUCAACAAGGGUCCCACCCAGCGUGAAAUUGACGCUGCCGUCAAGGACGCCGAUGCUCGCUCAGCCCGUCUCAAUCUGGUAGCCAACGUCCUCCGCGGCCCCGGUCGUGAGCGUUACGACCACUUCCUCAAGAACGGCUUCCCCCUGUGGAAAGGUACCGGAUACUACUACUCGCGCUUCCGCCCCGGUCUGGGCUCCGUGAUGGUGGGAUUGUUUUUGGUUUUCGGCGGCGGUGCUCACUACGCUGCCCUGAUCCUCGGCUGGAAGCGCCAGCGUGAGUUUGUCGACCGCUACAUUCGCCAGGCCCGCAGGGCUGCCUGGGGCGAUGAAAUGGGUGUUCGCGGUAUCCCUGGAAUUGACUCUACGGCUGCCGCGCCUGCGCCUGCCCCCGAAGCCAGCGAGGGUGGUGCCAUGGCCGUGAACCGUCGACAGAAGCGCAUGAUGGACAGGGAGAACAAGAAGGAUAAGAAGGGAGGAGGUCGCGCAAGUUCUCGUAAUUCGGGAACCUCCACUCCCACUGAGCAGACUGCCAGCACUGGCGAGCGAAAGCGCGUUGUUGCGGAGAAUGGCAAGACUCUGAUUGUUGAUUCCAUCGGUAACGUGUUUUUGGAAGAGCAGAACGAGGAUGGCGAACGCCAGGAGUUCUUGCUCGACAUUGAUCAGAUUGAACGCCCCACUCUGCGUCAGACAAUGCUUUUCAAGCUUCCCAUCUGGUGCUUUAACCGGACAGUUGGCCGAGUGUUGGGAACUCCCGCCGAGGAGGAGUCUGAUUCCGAUGAGGCGGAGGAGCCCUGGUUGAGGAGGCCGAGACCACUGCUACAUCGAAGUCCCGCCCUCGGAAGCGUGGAAAGCGCUCCCAGCGAUCAUGAUUCGGAGAUAUACCUGACGGGUACUUGCACCCCGGGCGUUGGUUAUUGCUUUCUCGGCUUUUAA